AUGACCCGUUCCGCUGCACGACGACCGACCAACAGUCCUUGGCAAGGCAAGCCUGGAAAGUUCGGCAAUGGCUCGACAACGAAAGAAGGCCGAAAAUGA